AUGUUUCUGCGGGCGGUCGAACCAGAUUCUAUUGAAGAUCGCGAAGCGCUCGUCCAAAUGAGGAUUGCGUGUGGGUGGCACAGUCACCACGUACCUAUUUGGCUUGAAAAUAUUCGAGCUGGGAAGUUGUUGGUUUGGUUCAUCUGUGAACCGUCCACCGGUGCUACCUCAGACG